UCUCCGUCCGAAUGUUGAGCGUGAUAUGACCACCUCCUUGGUCCUGAAUCCUCGCUGGGCGGACACGGUUAUGUUUGUGUAUGACAACAACUUGGAUGAGCUGAACAAGAACAUGGAGGGUCUGGUUGGUAGCGGCAAUUUCGCGGCCAACCAGUGCAGGAAUCUGAUGGCCCACUCCGCUCUGGGGGGUCACCCCUCUAGCCUGGUGCACAGCUCCGGCUACUCCGCGGUGGAUGUAUCGGGCUCAAGCUCCGGGGAACCAGGCAAACAGUGCACACCAUGCCCCGCGGUCCCUCAAGGCUCAUCCACAGGUCCCUUACCCUAUGGGUACUUUGGCAACGGCUAUUAUCCCUGCAGAAUGGGGCGGAGUUCGCUCAAGUCCUGCACCCAGCCCAGCGCGCUCAGCUACUCUGCGGAAAAAUACAUGGACACCCCGGUGACAUCUGAAGAAUACCCGAGCCGGGCUAAAGAAUUUGCGUUCUACCACGGGUACCCAAGCCCCUACCAGUCCAUGGCGAGCUACCUGGACGUGUCGGUGGUGCAGACUCUCGGGGCAGGAGAGCCCCGUCACGACACGCUGCUUCCAAUGGACAGCUAUCAGCCGUGGGCACUGACGAAUGGAUGGGGCGGCCAGAUGUACUGCUCAAAAGACCAGAGUCAAGCCGGACACCUUUGGAAAUCUGCGUUGGCAGAUGUAGUGGCCCACCAACACGAUGGCAACUCCUUUCGUCGCGGUAGAAAGAAAAGGAUUCCGUACACCAAGGUGCAGCUAAAGGAACUGGAGAAAGAGUAUGCCGCCAACAAAUUCAUCACGAAAGAUAAGAGGAGAAAGAUUUCAGCAGGAACCAACUUGUCGGAAAGGCAGAUUACCAUCUGGUUUCAAAACAGGAGAGUUAAAGAGAAGAAGUUCGUGGCCAAAGUCAAGACCAGUACGCCGUAGCCAGUCAGGCUUGACCUAGACGAUUUGGACGAGGGACAUUGUUUUUGCUGUAUGAACAAAAAAAUGAAGGAAAGAAAACGUCGAUGUGGUACCUUUUUUGGAUUGGGAUUUGGUGUGCUAUUUUGCUUGCGCAAUUGCAUCGCCAAUUCGUCUUUUGAAAAGAAGAAAUAAAACAAGAACCAAGCCCUCUAAAGACAAUGUUUUAGAGGCCUGUAAAUACAGCACUUGCCUGCUUUAAUGUAACACUUAAAUCUGCUUAACUGUUUAACUCGUGCUAUACAUGGGGGUAUAUAUAGGCUAUAUGCUAGGUAUGUCAAUGUUGUUACUGCAGUAGAAUAGGAAACGUAUUAUGCAAUCAUAUUCCCAAUCUGUACUGUUUAUAACGCUUGUGAAACAGUACUUUUAAAAAUAUAGCGUAAUGCUUAAUAAAUUGUUUUAA